CAUGGGAAGCGCGCUGACGUAAUCGCAGCAGAACCUGUCUUGCUUGCUUUAUGUCUGCGGUCAGAUGAGUCUGAAAUUAAGUCUGAUGUUAAAUCUGACGUUAUGAUGGACAGACAAUCAUAACAGUCACCGCAUCUCCGGCUAUAUAACACGCACGCGGUCGCGCGCGAUGGCGGAGGACGUCAGCGGUGCGACUCCCACCGAGGAGAUGAACGGCUCGGGGAACCUUAUGGAUUUUCUAGAUGAGCCGUUUCCAGACGUGGGAACUUACGAGGACUUUCACACUAUUGACUGGCUGAGAGAGAAAUCCAAAGACACAGACAGACACAGGAAGAUCACUAUUAAGAGUAAAGAAUCCCUCUGGGAGUUUGUUAAGAGUCUACUAGACGCCUGGUCGGGAUGGCUGGUGAUGCUUCUGAUUGGUCUGCUGUCAGGCACAUUGGCUGGAGUGAUUGAUCUGGCUGUUGAUUGGAUGACAGAUCUUAAGGAGGGGGUGUGUCUAUCAGUUUUCUGGUACAGUCACGAGCAAUGCUGCUGGACCUCUAAUGAGACCACAUUCGCCGAUAGAGACAAAUGCCCACAGUGGCAGAAAUGGGCCGAACUGAUGACGGGCUACACGGAGGGCGCUGGGGUCUAUGUGCUGAACUACUUUCUCUACGUGAUGUGGGCUCUCUUCUUCUCUUUUCUGGCCGUGUCUCUGGUCCGAGUGUUCGCCCCCUACGCCUGCGGAUCGGGAAUUCCAGAGAUAAAGACGAUCUUGAGUGGCUUCAUCAUUCGAGGAUACCUGGGGAAGUGGACUCUGCUCAUAAAGACGGUCACGCUGGUGUUGGCCGUAUCGUCUGGUCUCAGUCUAGGAAAGGAAGGCCCGCUCGCCCACUUGGCGUGUUGCUGUGGUAAUCUCUUCUGUAGCCUGUUCUCAAAAUACAGCACGAAUGAAGGGAAACGCCGAGAGGUUCUGUCUGCGGCUGCGGCUGCUGGUGUGUCUGUUGCGUUUGGAGCUCCGAUCGGAGGAGUACUCUUCAGUCUGGAGGAGGUCAGUUAUUAUUUCCCUUUGAAGACUUUAUGGCGUUCUUUCUUUGCCGCGCUGGUGGCUGCCUUCACGCUUCGCUCCAUCAACCCGUUCGGCAACAAUCGUUUGGUUCUGUUUUACGUGGAGUAUCACACACCCUGGUACAUGGCCGAGCUGGUUCCCUUCAUCCUCUUGGGUGUAUUCGGGGGUCUCUGGGGAACGCUUUUCAUCCGCUGUAACAUUGCCUGGUGCCGGCGGCGUAAGACCACGCUGCUGGGGAAAUAUCCGGUGCUGGAAGUGAUCGUGGUCACGGGCAUCACGGCCAUCCUGGCGUUCCCCAACCCGUACACGCGCCGCAGCACCAGCGAGCUGAUCUCAGAGCUGUUUAACGACUGCGGCGCGCUGGAGUCCUCGCAGCUCUGCGAUUACGUCAACAACCCCAAUAUGACCCGACCGGUGGAUGACAUCCCAGACCGACCCGCCGGGCCGGGGGUCUACAGCGCUCUUUGGCAGCUCAUGCUGGCACUCAUCUUCAAGAUAGUCAUUACAAUUUUUACUUUUGGGAUGAAGAUCCCAUCGGGUCUGUUCAUUCCCAGUAUGGCAGUGGGUGCCAUCGCCGGGCGUAUCGUGGGGAUCGCGGUCGAGCAGAUGGCGUAUCACUACCACGAUUGGAUCAUUUUUAAAAACUGGUGUCGCCCAGGUGCCGACUGUGUUACUCCAGGCCUGUACGCAAUGGUCGGUGCUGCUGCGUGUUUGGGUGGUGUGACCCGCAUGACCGUCUCUCUGGUGGUCAUCAUGUUCGAGUUGACCGGUGGUUUAGAAUACAUCGUUCCCCUUAUGGCCGCAGUCGUAACCAGUAAAUGGGUCGCCGAUGCGUUCGGUAAGGAUAGCAUUUAUGAAGCUCACAUCCGGCUCAACGGUUAUCCGUACCUGGACCAAGAUGAGUUCACUCACCGAACGCUGGCGACGGAUGUGAUGCGUCCACGCAGGAACGAGCCUCUGCUGUCCGUUCUCACGCAAGACAGCACCACGGUGGAGGAUGUGGAGACGCUGAUCAAAGAGACGGAUUACAACGGCUUUCCUGUGGUCGUCUCGCGUGAAUCUGAGAGGCUUAUCGGCUUUGUGCAGAGACGAGAUCUUAUCCUGGCCAUUAAAAGUGCCCGUCAGAAGCAGGAUGGCGUUGUGAGUAAUUCAGUGGUUUAUUUUACUGAAGAAGCUCCACAGCUUCCCGCAUCAAAUCCUCAACCGUUGAAACUCAGACGCAUCCUGAAUCUCAGCCCCUUCACCGUCACCGAUCACACGCCCAUGGAGACUGUAGUGGACAUCUUCCGCAAACUGGGGCUUCGCCAGUGUCUGGUCACCCGCAGCGGACGUUUACUAGGAAUCAUUACAAAGAAGGACGUUCUGCGGCACAUGGCCCAAAUGACGAACCAGGAUCCUGAAUCCAUCAUGUUCAACUAACAGCUUUAAUUCUGUUAUUCCAUAUUUACUGCGGUACAUACAGUACAGUACGGUAGUGUCACCAUACAUACACACAUAUAGGACUGUGUGCAGAUAAAAGUGUUUUCUCUCUCAUUGUUUUUAUUUUUUAUUGCUGCUGUUGCCAUAUUUAUUUUUUAUGAACAUAAGUAAUUGUUGUAAUUGAUUUGAUGGGUGCAAUGAAAAUAAGUCACUUUAACAAGUUUUAUUGUGUUGUUAAAGUAAAAAUCACUACAGAUGUAAGACACUACUGAAAGUUUUUUCAAUAAUAUAUCAUUUUUUUAUUUGGAGCGAUGGGUUACAUGUAUUUGCUCUUAUCUAUUAUAAACUAUCACAAUGCAGACGAUCAAUAUGAUCCUGACAAAUCCUAAGUAUGUGUGAUCAACACUAGUGUUGUAAACAUUUUAUUGUGUUUUGUUAUUAUUGGUUAAUUUAAUGUAAAUGUUAAUUUUGAUCAGUACAAUGAUGGUGAUAUUUGCUUUUGUAUUAAAACAUGAAUAUCAUUCUUGUAAAGUAAACGCACAUCUCUGUUACAGUACAGAUAUUUAACAUCCAGUCACUUCAGUAGAUCAAUCUGAAGAAUAAUUAACAAACUCUAGUAUUAUUAUUGUAAUACUUAUUUAAAUAAUAUACUUUAUAAAAUAAUACACAACUCAUUACUUAUCAGAGUCAGUAUAAAUUUAUUUCAUCUUUAUUAGACAACAGUUUCAUUCAGCAUCUUUAAAAUACAACUUGGUACAAAUAUGAGAACAUUAAACUAUAUCUGUAUGUGCUUCAUGUUGACUAAAAACUAUUUCUAGUACCAAACCUUAAUGAUAUGAAUAAAACAUUAAGAUCAAAUAAUAAGCUUACAGUAGCACACAAUGCUGCUUUCACGGAAAUUCAAUGUAUUUUAUUAUUUCUGCUCUUGAUACUCCAGUGGCAAGUAAAAUGAAAACCUGUCUGUAUGGAGUUUACAAUGAUAAAUGUUCAAACAUUAAUAUGCUACGUUGUUGUCACAUUGUGUUACAUGUUUACAUCAAAUUCAUCUCUGAAAUAAACAUGAUUAUUUUGCAUUUUCA